GUCGCAGUUUUCCCGCCACCCGGGCUUCUGACAAAGACACACGGCGAGGAGCUUGAGAAACCAAUCAGAGUGGUCGGCGGGGUGGUGUGGUGUGAUGUGAGGAGCAGAUGAAGAACCUGAACCUCAUUUGACGGUCCAGAUUCACGACCUCAUGUGCUUGUGUGACCUCCCACCGCCGAUUUUCCCGCCUGCUGCUCGUGGUUUUCCAGGACUCGAUUCAUCUGUAAAGCUGCUCCUGAAGCUCGUCAUACGGCCUGCAUCACAUAUCAUAUUCCUCAGUACUUCAUAGCUGCUCCUAAAGCUUCUCCUGCUGUGUUGCCCCAUAUAAUUUCUGUUAACUGCUGGUCCUCCCAAUAUCCUUGUUACCUUCAAGCCGUCUAGCUUACACCGAACGUUUCAGUAGAACGAAGGCAAGCAACUCUAACGAGCGUCGAGAAACUCGCUACUAACACAAUGAUCGGCCUUGAGUCUCUUUUCGGGCUCAGCGAAGCCGGAAGUUUUCUAUGGACUGGCCAAUUUCCAAUCGCGAGCAUCAUUGGUCUCGUCGCGGUCGUUCUCACAACAGUCGGGGUUGUCCUCCAGCCUCGCUGGGCUAUCGCCAUCAGCCGUCUCUUCCAGCCAGCAGUGCUCUUUGAAAUUGACACCAACGAGAAAAUCGUUGGCCUCACAAUCGACGAUGGCCCCAAUGGGAAGUUCACCAGUGAGACUCUGGAUAUUCUCAAGGAGCAUGGCUGUUCCGCCACCUUCUUCCUCAUUGGGCCUAACAUUGAGAAAUACCCCGACCUGGUGGAGCGCAUGGUGCAAGAUGGACAUGAAGUGGCCAAUCACAUGAUGGCGGACUAUCCAGGCUGCCUGCUCUCCACCAAGCAGUUCAUGGCAUCGAUGCUUGAAGUGGAUGCCAAGCUCCAUCGUUUCUUCCCUCUCGACUCCAAUGGCCGUCAAGUUAAAUGGUUCAGACCGGGCUACGGAUUCGCUACCCCCCACAUGCAGCAGUUGGCACACAGGCACGGGUACCAGCUGGCUCUGGGGUCCGUGUUUCCCCUGGAUCCCCUCUUCAAGGGCUGUGGCGCCUUCCUUGCCCGCUUCUGCCUGUGGAAGAUGUACCCCGGAGCCAUCAUCAUCCUGCACGACAGACCACAACAGGGACCCCAAACCAACCAUAUCCUGCGAAUUUUGCUGCCCGAGCUGAAGCAACGGGGGUACAGAAUAGUAAACCUGACUGAACUGGUGAAUAGCGUAAAGCGCAAAGCGGAGGUUCAGGUGAACGGGGGGAAGCAGGACUAGAGCAAGUGAGAAUGGCCAAGUGAGUGCAUGAUACUAGAUCGGCCUGCUUCCGCAUAUAUGUUUAUCGUGUAUUGUUUAGUGCAGCAGGUAGUAAAUGAAUUAUGCUCGAUAUUUAUCAUAUUUCAAUGCAAAUACAUAAAAUUC